AUGUGUGCCGCCUUCGUCAGUCGCAAGGACGAUGCAGAACCAAUCUUCACCCAUGCUUUCGAGAACGGAUUUCGCUACUACGUCCACGCUCCCGACACUAUACCGUAUCUCGUAUCUGAGGGUAUCAGUGUAUCGCCAGGAACACGAGUUUAUUCUGCGAUUUCCACACAUACGUAUGUUCUGCUAUCGUCAGACGAUUGGGGGAACUGCAGUACCGAGUGGCCGCCAUCGUACCACACGAAGUUGAGUUACUCGUCAGUGAACUGCGAGUCACUUUGUAAGCACCACAUACGCUCAUUGAUUGGGUAUCAAGUUAUUCAAUAA